AUGUCCACUUCAACUUCAACAUCCACAACGACCGACCCCCCACCACCCGACUACGUACCCUCACAACCGCAAAUCCUCAUCACUCCUCUACCGGACUCGGCGAGCUUCCUCUGGGGUAAGACCAUCCAAGGGGAGAUAUAUGUGAAAGGUCUGGGUGAAGGGUCGGGUAAACGGACUGGGAUAGUGAAGAGCUUAUCCGUGCGAUUAUCAUUAACGAAUCAUCUACCCAACCAUCCAACUAUCCAUCUUUAUGAAUUCCCCAUUCAGACAUUAUAUCCACCAUCAUCCCCAAUAUCUAAUGUAUCAUCUUCAACCAUCCCCUCGGAUGGUUCCAUACCAUUCUCUACUUCACAUCGAUUCUCAAUCCAACUUCCAUAUUCUCUCUCCUCCUCUCCAUCAGAACCAUUACCCGGUACGUUGAACCUCACAUCAUACGAGAAGGGUGAGAUCCGUUAUUCGCUCUCUGUGAAAUUGGUUUUACCCAACGAUCAGGUGGUAAUCGAAGAAAUGAAGAUCGAAGGUACACCGCAAGAAGUAUCAUGUCAGGAUGCAGCUGCACCGCAUGAGGCGGAGGAGCUUGGAGAGGUUGAAGAGAAAUUGGAGAAAGAUGGAGUGUUAGCUAGAUUACUUAUCGAUCAAGAUCGACCUAGAUUAGGUGAUUUGUUGAGAUUGGGUUUGGAGAUUAGACCAGCAGAGAGGAAGAAGACUGGUGUGAUUGGUUUGGCUAAACAAUCAGAUCCGAUCGAAACUCUCAGACCACUCAGAAGGGUUAGAGUAGAAUUAUUUAGAAAAGUUAUCAUUCAUUCAACUCAACUCGAUUCUAUCGCAUCAUCAUCCUCAUCAUCAACAUCAGCUGCCACUGCAGCGGCCGGCGGUGGUGGUGGUGGUGGUGGCGGGGAAGUCGAACAUCUUACUUUACUUCAUGCGACAGGUAAAUCAUUACGAUAUCCCGGUUCAGGUCCAGGUCGACAUUAUCCACCUCUCAGAGUGUUAUUUACCAUCCCUACUGCCCAGCUCGGUGUGGUCGCGGAGCAAACUUGGGGAGAGAUUACUUCAAAUGUACCAUAUCAUGGUAUAACCUUCUUCAUCAGAGUGACGAUAGGGUUCGGUGACGUCUCGCCUACUGGUACAAGUAAUAGAGAUUGGAGAUUGAGCAGGAAUAUAACGAUCAGACCUAAGAGAUGGAAGGAACCUAGGGAGAUCGUAGUGGAUAGAGGUCUUAUACCUGAUUUAGGGAAUGGUAAUGACUCACCUUCACUCGGUCAAGAUACUGAGGCUGGUACGAGUCAGAUCCAAAGAGGUUCAGAAUCAGGAUCCGGUUCGGGGACAUGGACAGAAGAAGAUCAUAGAAAAGAAGCAUAUCGACAGAAAGGUAGAGAUGUUGUAGGUGAUUCUGGAACAUUUAGAUAUACCGAUACCGAUAUCGACACUGCACAUAACGAUCUACCACCCCCUUUCGAGGUUGAGACACGGACUCGAGCUGGUCCAUCAAAUUCAUCUAGCAGUAGACCCGGGGAAUUACCUAGUUUCCUCGAAUCUGAAGAACAAGCUAGGACAGGUGAGAUCCCCACUUUGAAUCAAACUGUAAGAUCGGAAAGGUUGGUCCCGGUAAAUUUCAAUCAGGAUGAUCAAGUUGUGGUCAUACCGGAAGAAGUCGAGAUUCAAGGUCAUCGUGAGGGGACAAUAGGGGAAGAAGGAUUCGAAAGGAAUACUUGGGUGGGACGGAGAGGUAGUUUGGGGGGAGAGUUGGGAACAUGGGUAGAGUACGACGGAUACGAGACUUUCUCUGUCGCACCUCCAUCUAUGGACGCAUCGUACGGUGCUGGAGGAGCUAUGGAUCCACCGCAGGAAGGCGACGAGAACAGCGUGAACGUCGUUGGAGGGAUGGUAGCUAGAUUGGGUUUGGAAGGUGAAGGGGUUGGAAUGCAAGGUCUCGAAUUGAUGGAACAUCUAGGGCUGGGUGAGGGGACUCGAAUCGUUGAUCUACAGGACGACUUGCCCCCAGGAAUAGACGAACCUUCUUUACCUGCUUUACCCGAUUUCCAUUCCCAUUCCCAUGUCCAUGUUCAUGCUCACGGACAUACACAUGAUGAUGAUCCACAUUCACCUCCUCCACCCCCUGGUCAUGCACCAUAUAUAUCCCCACCAGCUCAUUCCCACAGUCUACCACCGGCUCAUGAUCCUCCUUCCUUUGAUGCCAGUCAAGCUGCCAAUGCUGUAGGAGUAGCAGCUACCUCUCAUAUCAGAUCUCAAACUGGACCUAACGUACCUGUGGGAGUAGGAGGUCGAAGACCAAGUAGACAUGCUAUAGAUGAUGCUGUUGGUGUAGGGAAUGUGAGUACUCAGGGAGAUGCUCCACCAGGAUAUGAGAGAGCAGGUGGGGAAGGUGGAUUACCUCCUUAUAGUUGA